AUGGCAGAGAACUCGACCGUGGCGCGAAAUGGAGCCAAGGACGCUGGUUCCAAAGUUUUCGCAUUUGAUAAAUCAUACUGGUCUUUUUCCCGGGACGAUCCCAGCUAUGCUGGCCAGUCCAACCUCUUCGAUGACCUCGGCAAACCGCUUCUUGAUAAUGCCUUCCAAGGCUACAACAACUGUAUUUUUGCCUACGGCCAGACUGGUUCUGGAAAGUCAUACUCGAUGAUGGGAUAUGGCAAGGAGGUUGGCAUCAUCCCUAAUAUUUGUCAAGACAUGUUUCGAAGGAUAGGAGAAUUGCAAGCAGACAAAACCUUGCGCUGCACCGUAGAGGUCUCAUACCUCGAAAUUUAUAACGAGCGGGUGCGCGAUCUGCUUAAUCCCGCGACAAAGGGUAAUCUCAAAGUCCGAGAACAUCCGUCAACAGGCCCUUAUGUUGAGGAUUUGGCCAAGCUUGCCGUUAGCAGCUUCCAAGAGAUCGAACACCUGAUGGAUGAAGGAAACAAGGCGAGAACGGUGGCGGCCACCAACAUGAACGAGACGUCGAGUCGUAGUCAUGCCGUCUUCACACUUAUGCUCACCCAGAAGAAGUUUGAUACCGAAACCAAGAUGGAAAUGGAGAAGGUGGCCAAGAUUAGUCUGGUAGAUCUUGCUGGUUCCGAACGUGCGACGUCAACAGGCGCGACCGGCGCUCGACUAAAGGAAGGUGCCGAGAUCAACCGAUCGCUCUCCACCCUCGGUCGUGUCAUCGCCGCUCUCGCGGACCUCUCGACUGGCAAGAAGAAGAAGGGAGCGGGCGGACAGGUGCCGUAUCGAGACAGUGUGUUGACAUGGCUGCUCAAGGACUCGCUAGGAGGAAACAGUAUGACUGCCAUGAUCGCAGCUAUCAGUCCUGCCGACAUCAACUACGACGAAACGCUCAGUACUCUUCGCUAUGCCGACUCCGCAAAGCGAAUUAAGAACCACGCCGUUAUAAACGAAGACGCGAAUGCCCGCAUGAUCCGGGAACUCAAGGAAGAGCUCGCCCUCUUGCGUAGUAAACUUGGCGGCGGCGGCAGCGGCGGCGGAGGCGCUGGUGGAACCGUACCUCCUGAAGAAAUUUACGCCGAGGGAACGCCCUUGGAGAAGCAAUUUGUCACCAUCACUACGGCUGAUGGCACGUCUAAAAAGGUGUCCAAGGCCGAGAUCGCGGAGCAGUUGACGCAAAGCGAGAAACUACUUACCGAUCUGAACCAGACUUGGGAGCAGAAGCUAGCCAAGACGGAGGCUAUCCACAAGGAGCGCGAGGCGGCGCUCGAGGAACUCGGUAUCAGCAUUGAGAAGGGUUUCGUCGGACUGAGCACACCCAAAAAGAUGCCGCAUCUUGUCAACCUGUCCGACGAUCCAUUGCUAGCGGAGUGUCUGGUGUACAACCUGAAGCCCGGCGUCACAACGGUCGGCAACAAAGAAGCCAAUAGCGAACACCAGGUCAACAUCCAGCUGAACGGGAGCAACAUAUUACCGGAUCAUUGCUCUUUCGAGAAUGCGCCAGACGGAACGGUGACGGUGAUACCGCAGCCAGACUCCUUGGUCAUGGUUAACGGCCAGCGAAUUACGGGGCCGAAGCAGCUGCAUUCGGGCUACAGGAUCAUACUCGGCGACUUCCACAUCUUUCGAUUCAACCACCCGAUGGAAGCCAAGGCAGAGCGUGCCGAGCGCGCUGAACUCGGGCAAAGCUUGCUGCGACAGUCGCUCACGGCCAAUCAGCUACAAAAUUUCGAUCUCUCCUCUCCAAUCCCAAGCCCGCGACAUGGACACGAACGGAGUUACAGCAAGACCUUCUCCGAUAUAGGUAAUAGCCGACCCGCAUCGCCUUCGCCAUUCCUACGAGGUAGUAGAGAGUCGGAUUGGUCCAUGGCGAGAAGGGAAGCGGCCGGUGCUAUCCUAGGCACGGACCAAAAUUUUACCAGCCUCACUGACGAGGAGUUGAAUGCCUUGUUCGAGGACGUGCAGAAAGCCCGGGCCGAGCGCGUCAAUGUGCGGGAGAACGAGGAAGACUCGGAGUCGGGCACUUCUUAUGCAUUUCGUGAAAAGUAUCUCUCAACCGGCACGAUUGACAAUUUCUCUCUUGAUACCGCGUUGACGAUGCCCUCCACACCGAAGCAAGGGGAGGUUGAAGAUAGGAUGAAGGAAGUCCGGGAAGAGAUGCAAUCCCAGCUCGAUAGGCAGAGGGAAGAGUUUCAAGAACAGCUCAAAUUCGCCGAGUCGUCCAACGUCGAGGUUGAGGAAAUCAAGAAGGAAAAGGUGCGGAUGGAAGAAGCGCUCCAGACGCUCAAGGAGGACAUGCAGCAGCAGCUCGAGGCCCAGCGCCAGCAGUUUGAAGAAAAAUUGGAAAAGAUGGACCCGCUGAAGCGCCCGAGGGCGAACCCAAAGCUCUCCGAGGAGGAGAUUGAGCUUGCAAAGCAAGCCGUCACUCAGUGGCGGAGCCGGCGCUAUGUCCACAUGGCAGAGUCGGUCCUCCAACAUGCCUCCAUCCUAAAGGAGGCUCAAAUUAUGAGCAACGAGCUAGAGGAGCAGGUCGUGUUCCAAUUUACCGUUAUCGACGUCGGCCAUGCGAUAUGCUCCUCAUACGACAUGGUCCUCAAUGGCCUGACGGGCGAAACUGACGAUGCUGCGCUAGCGGACGCACCCAAGCCGUGCAUUGGCGUGCGGGUAGUCGAUUACAAGCAUAGUGUUGUCCAUCUCUGGAGCUUGGAGAAACUACACGAUAGGGUGCGGCAGAUGAGGCAAAUCUACCAGUAUCUCGACCAACCCGAAUAUGCCAAAGGCGACACGCCUGCGGAUAACCCAUUCGUAGAACCUUGCAUGCCUCAGUUCACGCUCGUCGGCGAGGUUGACGUGCCUCUCAAGGCAGUUUUUGAGAGCCGAGUGCAGGACUUUGCCCUCGAGGUCGUCUCGCCGCACACCUCCCACGCCAUCGGCAUCAUGAAACUUGCGCUGGAGCCCUCGCACGCACGCGCCCCGACCAACACGAUCAAGUUCAAUGUCGUGAUGCAAGAACUUGUCGGAUUUGCGGAGCGCGAGGGCACCGAGGUGCACGCGCAGCUCUUUAUCCCGGGAUUCUCAGAGGAGGACGGCAUUACAACGACACAGAUGAUUAAGGAUUUCGACGAGGGUCCCAUCCGGUUCGAAAGCAUGCAUAGCAUGAGCAUCUCGCUGUUUAGCGCCGAGUCCGCCUCGCUCCGGGUCGCCGUGUAUGCCAAGGUGUCCGCCAUGCACUUGGACAAGCUCUUGAGCUGGGACGACAUGAGGGAUGCGGUUCCUACGGUUCAGGGACAGUCCAAGGCUGCAAGGGUUGCGGAAUCCCAGUUCUACACUCAGGAGAAGCACGACCUCUUGGCGCGAAUCCAAAUUUUAGAGAUGAACGAGAAUGGAGAGUACGUUCCCGUCGACGUGACGCAGACGGGGGAUACCGAGCCGGGAAUUUUCCAACUCCAUCAGGGACUGCAGCGACGCAUCGCGAUCAACGUCACGCACAGCUCGGGUGACACUUUGUCGUGGGACGAUGUUGCGUUGCUGCGCGUAGGCAAGAUUCAGCUGAUUGACCAGACAGGCAAGGCCACGGACAAAGCGACGGAAGCGAGUUCGGCGCCUUUGGAUAUAUCUCUGAGGCUGCCGACCAAGCCCAUUUUUCGCAACAAUGCCAACGGCACCAGGAGCAUUACGAUUUUCGGGCAGUGGGAUUCGAGCUUACACGACACGCCGUUCCUCGAUCGGGUGACAGCGGAGAAGAGCCGAGUGCAAAUGGCGAUCUCGUGGGAAAUUAGCUCGAGCAAGCUAGCGGAGCCGAUGAGGUUCUCGUCCAACGUGUUUUGCCAGAUCCUUUCGAGAUCGCACGUGCGCCAAGCCUCGAUGCUCUCUGCGUUGUGGCAGUCGAGCAAGGUAGUGCAUUCGUCGCCCAGCAUCUUCACGCUGACGAUGCGCCCGGCGCCGAUCAAGCGCGUGGGCGACCUCUGGAGGAUGGACAGCCAACACGACUAUAUAAAGGGUGAGGAGCACCUCACAUCCUGGACUCCGAGGGGCGUUUCUCUCGUCCUCGACUACGUGGCAGCAGGGAAGAAGAAGACUCUGGUGGCGGAGCUGGCCACAGCACAGAGCGCUAUCAGGAAGCUCAAGCUUGCCGAACCGGUUGAGGAUGUCGAAGAGGAGGAGGAAGACGAACCGCUGGACCCACCGCCAGCAAAAUACUGCGAUGACGAUCUGCUCAUCGACACGCCAGAGGCGUCGCAGACACUUGCCGAUGUGCCGGCGGAGGACGAAAGCAGCGAUGGGGAUCACGACGCUCGCCCCAAUGGUAUCAAGGAACAGACCAAUGGCGAGACGAACGGCAUCUCUGCGGAGCUAACAGGACCUGAUGAGCAGGAUCCCGCGGCGGCCCUCUACACGGACGCGGAGAAGUUGGUCCUUGCCAAGUGCGUGAAACUGUGGCAAAAGUACCCCGACCCCCUACGUCGAAUCCUCAGCCCUGAAAAUACGGCGCCGCCGGCGGAUGGGCUCACGGCGGAGUCCUCAGCGCCGCCCAGUCUCGUCACAGCGGUGAUUGGCGUGCCGAAAAACCCAAAGAUGCUCAAGAGCGGAUACCUUCUCGUGCCCAACAGCGACUCGACGCGGUGGGUCAAGCGCUUUGUAGAGCUACGGAGGCCGUACCUCCACAUACACGCGGCGACGGACGGGGAGGAAGUGGCCAUUGUGAGCCUUCGUAACUCGCGCGGAAGCACGACAGAUUUUGUGCCGGGCCACCGACGAACGGCAUCAGGGCGGGUGAUCUCCACCAUUUGGACGGGGACGGGCGGAGGCGGCAGCCCAUCAUCCAAGACCAAGGGCCAGGGCCUACAUCGACUCAGCGAGCGACUACAGUCAGCCGUGUUUGCCAUUUACGGGACGGAUAACACGUGGCUCUUUGCGGCGCGCAGCGAGAGGGACAAGAUGGAUUGGAUCUUCCGCAUCGACCAGAGCUUCCUAUCUAACGGGGAGAGUAGCGGUUACGCUAGCCCGAUGCCCGGACAGGCGGGCGGUUAUCCAGGGAGCGACACAGGAAGCAACAUGUGA